AGGGUGCGCAUGGGCCCGAGCGUCAUUCAGCUUUUGACAGACCAGCUGAGCGCCUGGGAAAAUUCCGCUUCCAUCGAGUGUUUAGUCGUAUAUUCUUGUGUGAUCGCGACACCGCAGCCUCUCUUUUUUUAUAAACAAUAAACGACAAAGAUUUUCAAGACUAUCGAUUUCUCCGUGCGCCUCAUCUCGACGAAAUGCACGUGUUUGUUUUACUUUUCGUCUGGUUCAUGCGCAGCAGGCCGACUCUGGCGCUUGUCGAAGUUUUGACUCAGGACCUGCCGAAUUACAAUAACUACUGUAGAGUGGAGGACCCGACGACGCAUCUUUACACCUUUGACUUUUCCGCACUGUCCGACCACUCUACCGACAAAAAGAUCAGACUCGACAGAGACAACAGUUUUAGAAUACAAUUUUGCAGGCACCUGGUCAAGCCCUGCAACGGAAAAAACGGAUACAGCGUUUGCUACAGCAGAAAUGGAACGGAAGUUGGAAUCGGGGCUGAACCUCCGCAGAUCGACCUCUCGAACGGCACGAUCGUGUUCAGGUUCACGGGCGAUGCCUGCAACGCGACGCAUAAUUACACGCUGAAUUUCAAAAUGAAGUGCGACUAUGCGAUGAAGAAGAACGCAGCCGUUGACAUUGAUGCCACGGACCCGACGAGGGAUUGCAACUUCGAUUUCGUACUCGAAACUUUCGCCGCUUGCCCCCAGAGAAGCUACACCGACUGCAUUGCCGAGUACUCUAGCGAUCGCUACAAUUUGAACGCUUUGAGGGAUUUCACGAAGAAUUACGAGGUGCACAUCAACGAUGACUUGGCGGUCAUUCUGAACGUCUGUCACUCGCUUCUGUACGGGCCGCAUCAUGUCAACUGCAGCGAUGACUCGUCGAUAUGCCUGAUCGACAAGAGCGACAAAUCGAACGUCAGGUACGCGAAUAUCGGCAGCUUCCAGGCGAACCCGCUCAUCAGCGUAUUGGACAGAAAUGACCUGUUGAUCAUUUACGACAGCGAUGCCAUAUGCUACCAAAAGCACAUCAACUCCUACCAAACGAUCAAAAGCACCAUCGAGUUCGUCUGCGACUUGAACGCAACGGACUCGGCGCCAGAGUACAUCGGAGGCUUGGGAUUCUGCCACUACAAAUUCAUCUGGAGGACGAUCGCGGCCUGCAGCGAGAAGGUUCUGCACGACCAGACUCUGAUCGACAGCGAUUUCUGCAGAGUCAAAGAUCCGCUGUCUCGGUACGAGUACGACUUGUCGAGCUUCAAGAACAGAGUCUUCAAGGCGAGGACUAUGGAAGGGACUUAUGCGGUCAGCGUGUGCAGCUUCAUGGACGGCAGCGUUUGCAAGACUGGAACGGGGGUUUGCAAACUGAACAACCAGCCGGUCGAAACGAACGCGUAUUACGAGCUCGGCGAAUCGGGCGGCACAGCCAACGGCAAGCUGAUGUGGAAGGAAAGCGGACCUUACCUGAACUACACCGACGGCGACGUCUGCGACGAGGAGGGUACGAAGAAGUACACGAUAAUCUCGUUCCUCUGCUCCGACACGGACUCGAUGGAAGUCGAGGACAAGACUUGCCAGACGAGCAUCAACUUUUACACGAGCGCUGUCUGCAAGAGGCCCUGCGCCAUGUCGCUCUACGACAUGAAUUUCGAGAGACUCAUCCAAUCGAAGAGCAACUACGUGGUCAAGACCGAGGGCAGCGCGGUCUACCACAUCAACGUGUGUCGGCCUUUGGUGAACGGGAGCCAGUUCAGCGACAGCUGCUCCAACGGCACGGGAAUUUGCAAGGCUGACAUUGACGAGGAUGGAGAGUCGAGGAACGAAGUUAAUUUGGGAUAUCCCGAUCAGAAUCUCCGUGGCGAGAGCGACGGCUCUGUCGUUUUGACCUACACCAAUGGCUCUCUGUGCCAGGAGGACGACGAGCAGCGCAUAUCGACCCGAAUAAAAUUCGUCUGCGAUCUGGAUCACGCUGAGGGAACUCCUCGUUUCUUGAAUUAUCACAACUGUACGUACUAUUUCGAAUGGAGAACGAAGCUGAGUUGCGGAACUGUCCAGGGGGAACUGGACGACGACAAGUGCCAAGUUACGAAUGUUCACGGAGACGUGUGGGAUUUGUCGGGGCUGAAUGAGAAGGACUUUCACACGUUUAGCACGAUAAGAGGCAACGAGAACCACACGUUCCGCUUGAGUCUUUGCGGACGAAAAAGCGCUUGCAACAACUCGUACGUAUGCGACGAGAAAAUGAGCUACGGCAGAAACGUGACCGUUAGUUCGGACUAUCGAACGAAUAUGAUUAAGCUUCACUUUACAAACGGAAGCCGAUGCACGGACGGCUCGAGCGCCCAAUCGACUCUGUACAUCAAGUGUAACGAGUCGGCCGUUGCCGGAGAAUUAACUGUCCUUUCUGACGAAUAUUGCAAAUCUGAAUUGGAGUGGUCUACCCAUGCCGUAUGUAAACCGCAGCAUCUAUUACUUCUCAAAAGUACUGUGCACCUGAACAGUCUGAUAGAUUCGACUGCUGCUGCUCAGAUAGUCGGCAUCAUACUGCUUUUGAUUUUUGUUAUAGUCACAACAGUAUGGUUCCUGCACGAGGCUUCGAGACGAGCUUUGUGCACAAUGUUUAUACGCAAGUUAUUCCACAGAUGUGGCCUACGCUGCGGCGAGAAUCCCUCGAGCGACCUGUGUCUUUAACAUCCCUAGUGGAAAUAAAAAAUGUAAUAAACUGUAAUAAAAUAUAAGAAAAUGUAACAAACCGUACCAUUUUGUACCAUUUUGUUGGA